CAAAACCGAGUAUAUUUACUAAAAUUAACUGUGUGUGUGUGUGUGCCUAAAAGUGCUAAAACUAUAGCCAACAAAUAUAUGGGAUUUAAAAGCCCGAUUAUCUUAACAAUCAAUAGAAAAGUUAUUGGAGUGCUUCGUAGCUGUUGAGUUGACUUGACGACAAUUGUUUCAGGGCCGUGUGUGUGCAAAGACCGUCGGCAAGUGUUAUAUGAAAAGCUCAGUUCCUAAAUAUAUACAAUAAAAAAUAAAAACUAUAAUUAACAUAUUCGUGUGCAGAUCACAGCACAAUCACAGCUUACCCGUUUUGCAGAUCCUGUUUAUACACGAAGAAGAAGUUGGUAAUUUUCCCGAGUCGCUGCCUCUUGGAUUAUGGGCAUAUCGGAGGAGGUCAAGCUGGAAGAACUACCGCAAGAAGCCAAGUUAGCACACCCGGAUGCCGUUGCCGAACGUGGUGUGGCAUCUGCCUCGGUCUCAGCUUCUGGUGCGGUGCCCAGCGGCGCCAGCGGCGGCACCAACAGCCCCAUCUCGGAUCCCAACAGUGACUGCGAGGUGGAUGACUAUGCGCCCAAGCGCAAACAGCGACGCUAUCGCACCACCUUCACCAGCUUUCAGCUGGAGGAACUGGAAAAGGCCUUCUCGCGCACCCAUUACCCCGACGUAUUUACGAGAGAAGAGCUGGCGAUGAAGAUUGGAUUAACUGAGGCGCGGAUACAGGUCUGGUUCCAGAAUCGACGCGCCAAGUGGCGCAAGCAGGAGAAGGUUGGACCCCAGUCACAUCCAUACAAUCCGUAUCUGCCCAGCGGCGCCGCCAGCAUGCAAACAGUGGUGGGUGCCGCCCUACCGCCCAAUCCCUUUACCCAUUUGGGCUUCCAGCUGCGCAAGCCAUUCGAUGCCCCAGCCAAUUUGGCCGCCUUUCGCUAUCCGCACUUGUCCGCGCCACCAAUGAUACCAUCCGGCUACUUCAAUCAAUUCCAGCGUGCUCCGCCGCAUAUGCUGCCACCGGGCAUGGCUUCAAUGUACUCGCCCUCGAGUUCUUUUCAAUCGCUGCUUGCCAAUAUGACGGCUGUGCCGCAUCCGCGUGCGCCGCCGAUGCCCGCAAUGGCAGCUAAGCCGCCAAUGCUUGUGGGUUCACCGGAUCUACAUUCACCCAACAAUCAUUUGCUGGGCUCGCCACCCAACUCACCCAGAUCGCAGUCGGCGCCGCAGCCACCAGCGCCGGCACAGCUAUCGCCACAGCAGCUAGUUGGUAUCUCGCUCACGCAUCAGGCGCCGCCGGCCGGCUCGCCGACACAAACGGCACCCGUCGCCUUGACUUUGGCUCACUCCCAUGCGCAUUCGCCGCAACGGCAACUGGCUCCGCCGCCGCCAACACGGGCCGCCACGCCGCCCGAGGAUCGACGAACCUCGUCCAUUGCUGCACUGCGACUGAAGGCACGGGAGCAUGAACUGAAGCUGGAGCUGCUGCGUCAGAAUGGCCACAGCGGCGAUGUGGUCAGCUAGCCAAACAGCAAUGCCUCCCAAUUGGUUAACAGUAGUUCUAAGCUCUUAAGUUAUUAUUCGAAACGGACCUUGCAUUUUAUGUAUGUAACUGAAUUCACAGAAUUUCCAUUAAUAAAACCAACCACAGACGUCAAAGUGUU